AUGGUUCGUGGAGAAGAUUCUUAUUUAAAUGCUACGCAAAUUUUAAAAGUAGCAGGCUUUGAAAAGACAAGAAGAUCCAAAAUCCUCGAAAGAGAAGUAUUAACGGGUGAACAUGAGAAAGUACAGGGUGGAUAUGGAAAAUAUCAAGGAACUUGGAUUCCAUUUGAAAGAGGGAAGCAAUUAGCAGAGAAAUAUGAAGUAUUAGAUAGGCUAAUGCCUUUAUUAAACUUUGAUCCUUCAACUCUAAAAGAUAAAAAAGAUAAUGACGACUUAAAACAAGAAGAGGGAGCAUCUUCUUCAGGUCCUUUAGCUUUACCAGCGCCUCCUUCACCCAACAACAAUACAGAAGAAUUUCCCAAAUCACAAAAGAGGCCAUUCCAUCAAUCAAAGCAACAGACAUCACGCAAGAAGCUUAAACUUGUGGGUGUUUCACCAGAGCCCUAUCUUUUAGAAGAUCCUUUUUAUGAACAUCAUCGCAAUCUUUUAAUGAGCAUCUUUCUUUCUGAUGACCCUGAGGACACACCAUCAUUAGUUACCUCAGCCCUUUUAACCAAAGAUCUUAAUAUUGAUUUAGUUAUCGACGAACAGGGCCACACUGCACUUCACUGGGCUGCUGCUUUGGGUCGGUUACAAAUUGUUAAACUCUUAAUACAGAAUGGCGCUAAUGUCUGUCGCGUUAAUUAUGAGGGUGAAACACCCCUAAUGCGUGCAGCCAUGAUUACUUGCUGCUAUGAAAAUAAAUGCUUUGGUGACAUGGUUGACUUGAUGGCAGAAGCAAUUCCUGUCACAGAUAAACGAGGACGCACCGUUCUACAUCAUAUUGCUCUAACAGCUUCUGUAGAAGGCUUUACAGAUGCAGCUAUCUAUUAUGUAAAACGAUUUGUGAAGGCCGUGCCUAAGAAAAGUAUUCUCAAAAAUAUUUUGAAUGUGAAGGAUACACAUUAUUAUGAGUCAGCAUUGGCCAUUGCCUUAAGGAUUGAAUGUCAAGAUAUUGCCGACGUUUUAAUUAAGCAUGGUGCCUUGGAUCCAUUAAUAUCUAACAUAGAUGAUAACGAUGAACUUGAGUUUGAACCAACAAAAUAUGAAAACAAUCCAAAAGGGCAAGAAUUAUUAAAAUCUGUCGAACAUAUGAUUCAAAAGCUUGAAGACGAUUAUAAAGAACAGUUAAAAAAACGAGAUUUGGAAGUAUUCAAAUUAAAAAAGGAAUUACACAUGAUAAAAUACGAGCUAAGAGAAGCGCAUCGAAGGCUUGAAUUACCUGUUUCUAUGCAAUUGGCAGAAUCUCGAAAGAGGAUACAUGAACUAGAAGACAAGUUAAACGCAUAUGAUGAGCUUAUGGGCGAAGAUACCCUACAAGACGCUCCACACACAGAUAACAAGCUGGAAAAGAAAGUUAAAACGUUACAGCAUCAACUAGAGUCCAGUACAAAACUUGUGGAGAAGCUUCAGGCUGAAUUAGAAGCAGAGAAAAAGAGAGCAAAUGAAAAGGAAAUGGAAUAUCGACGCUUAAUUGCUAGUAGUUGUGGUUUACCUAUUGAAAAAGUAGAUGCAUUGGUUCAACCCUUAACGUUAGCUAUUGAGAGUGAUCCACCAGAUUUGGAUAUGAUGCGUGUCAUUGGAUUUAUGGAAAGACUUCGUUCAAAUAAUACUACAAGCUCACCUUCUGUUGCAACAAAUUAUGCUAGUCCUUCUACACCUAAUAACAUGACUACUGUUAUUGCCAGUACUCCUCCUACAGUUAUUAAUAACUCCACUACAUCUACUAAUAUGAAUAACACUACUAUACCUGCCAAUAGUCUAAGCACUGUUACUACUAACGUCACUGCUACAUCUGAAACAACUGAUGCUGUGCCCAUUUAA